UUCAACAAGCGAAGAAGACGACCCGGAAGUAAACAACCCAACUGUCAUGUCCGCUCUCGUAGUUCAUAACAGCACAUACACCGGCAGUUAGAAGCUGAGUUAUCAUUUUUCUGAGCGGUUAGUUUAUUAUCAACACGUUUUGAGCCGGUUGUAGUUUAUAAACCGCUGUGAGUGUGUGUAGUGGGAUUCAGACUGAGUGUAGUUUUGUUCUAACCUCGGAGGAGCGUUGAUUCAGGCAGAAUGAGGACUGUUCUGAUGGUGGCAGAGAAACCGUCUCUGGCUCAGUCCAUCGCCAAAAUCCUCUCCAAAGGAACCUGCACAAGUCGAAAAGGCCUCAACGGAGCAUGCUCAGUGCACGAGUACGCCGGCAGCUUCCAGGGCCAGAGUGUGCGCUUUAAGAUGACUUCAGUUUGUGGACACGUGAUGAGUCUGGAUUUUAUCGGAAAGUACAACAACUGGGACAAGGUGGACCCUGCAGAGCUCUUCAGCAAAGCUCCCACAGAGAAGAAGGAGGCCAACCCCAAACUCAACAUGGUCAAGUUCCUCCAGGUCGAAGGCCGAGGCUGUGACUACGUGGUUCUCUGGUUGGACUGCGAUAAGGAAGGCGAGAACAUCUGUUUUGAGGUGUUGGAUGCGAUCGACCCCGUGAUGAACAAGGGCAGUGUGAGGGAGCAGAGCAUUUACCGCGCCAAAUUCAGCUCCAUCACUGACACGGACAUCUGGAACGCCAUGAACCGCCUUGGGGAGCCCAACCGCAACGAAGCCCUGUCAGUGGACGCACGUCAGGAGCUGGAUCUGCGUAUCGGCUGUGCCUUCACCAGGUUCCAGACCAAAUACUUCCAGGGUAAAUACGGCAACCUUGACUCCUCCUUGAUCUCGUUUGGACCCUGUCAGACCCCGACCCUGGGCUUCUGUGUGGAGCGUCACGACAAGAUCAUGUCCUUUAAACCAGAGACUUUCUGGGUGGUCCAGGUUAAGGUGUUCAAAGGGAAGGAGAACCCUCUGACCCUGGACUGGGACAGGGUGAGGGUCUUUGACCGGGAGGUGGGUCAGAUGUUCGUCAACCUGGCCAAGACGUCCAAAGAGGCUAAGGUGGAGUCUGUGAGUAAGAAGGAGAAGGCCAAGCAGAGACCUCAGGCUCUGAACACAGUGGAGAUGUUGAGAGUGGCCAGCUCUGCUUUAGGAAUGGGCCCUCAGCACACCAUGCAGAUUGCAGAGCGCCUGUACACGCAGGGCUACAUCAGCUACCCUCGAACUGAGACCACUCACUACCCCGAGAACUUUGACCUGAAGGGGGCGCUGAAGCAGCAGAGCAACAACCCCUUCUGGGCGGAGGAGGUGAAGGCUCUGCUCUCAGCCGGGUUAAACCGACCCAGGAAAGGAUCAGACGCUGGAGAUCAUCCGCCCAUCACCCCCAUGCGUGCAGCAUCAGAGGCGGAGCUGGGAAGUGAUGGCUGGCGUCUGUACGACUACAUCACACGACAUUUCAUCGCCACGGUCAGUCAGGACUGCAAAUACCUCCAGACCACCAUAGACUUCAGCAUCGGCACAGAGUCCUUCUCCUGUAACGGCAAGACGCUGAUAUCAGAAGGUUACACGGCGGUGAUGCCUUGGCAGGGUAUCCCUCUGGAGGAGGCCAUGCCGGUGUGUGAGCGUGGAGACACUUUCACAGUGGAUGAGAUAAAGCUGGUAGAGAAGCAGACCAACCCCCCCGACUACCUGACGGAGGCUGAGCUCAUCACCCUCAUGGAGAAACACGGCAUAGGAACUGAUGCCAGCAUCCCCGUCCACAUCAACAACAUCUGCCAGAGGAACUAUGUGACGGUAGAAAACGGGCGCAAGCUGAAGCCGACUAACCUGGGUGUCGUCCUGGUUCAUGGAUACUACAAGACAGAUGCAGAGCUGGUGCUGCCCACUAUCCGCUCUGCUGUGGAGAAGCAGCUGAACCUCAUCGCUCAGGGGAAGGCCAACUUUCAGCAGGUCCUGCAGCACACGCUCGAUAUCUUCAAGAGGAAGUUUCACUACUUUGUUGACUCCAUCCCCAGUAUGGACGAGUUGAUGGAGGUCUCCUUCUCACCCAUCGCUGCCAGUGGGAAGCCCCUGUCCCGCUGUGGAAAGUGCCACCGCUUCAUGAAGUACAUCCAGGCCAAGCCCAGCCGGCUCCACUGCUCCCACUGUGACGAGACCUACAGUCUCCCUCAGAACGGAGCCAUCAAGCUGUACAAGGAGCUCCGCUGUCCUCUGGAUGACUUCGAGCUGGUGCUGUGGACCUCGGGGUCUCGGGGGAAGAGCUACCCGCUGUGCCCGUACUGCUUCAGUAACCCGCCUUUCAGGGACAUGAAGAAAGGUAUGGGCUGUAAUGAAUGCACCCACCCGUCCUGCCAGCACUCUCUGAACUCCCUCGGCAUCGGUCAGUGUGUGGAGUGUGACGGUGGGGUUCUGGUGCUGGACCCCACCUCCGGACCAAAGUGGAGGAUGGCCUGUAACAAAUGCAACGUGGUGGUGAACUUCUUUGAACACGCACACAGAGUGCAGGUUGCUCAGGAGAGCUGUGACGCCUGUGACGCCUCGCUGGUUGCUGUGGACUUCAACAAGACUCGCACUCCUCUCCCUGCUGGAGAGACCCAGCACACCGGCUGUGUUUUCUGUGAUCCCAUCUUCCAGGAUCUGGUGGAGCUGAAACACGCCACCAUGAGGCACGCCAUGCAUCGGAGCGGGGGCGCUCGGAGAGGACGGGGCCGGGGCAGAGGACGCCGAGGAAACCCUAAAAAACCCAAAGACAAGAUGGCCGCCUUGGCUGCUUACUUUGUAUAACGAUUGUGUAAAAUCUGUCCUGUGACUGUGGGCGACACAUGCAGAUGUUAAUGAGCGGGUUCUGUUUUUACAUGUGAGUAAGUAAAGACACAUUAUUCCAACA